GAAAAAAGAUAACCUCCAAAAUAAGUUUUGCAUUCACUUUUAUUCAAGAUUAAAAAUCUAAAUCGCGGUCUUUGUAGUUGGCUGAUGUAAUGUUAUUCUGUCCAACAUGUGCAAAUAUUUUGAUGGUAGAAGAACGCCCGGAGCGAGGACUUAGGUACGCCUGCAAUACAUGCCCGUAUGUUUAUAAUAUCAGGAAAAAAGUGUACUCCCGUACAUUCCCGAAGUUAAAGGAGCUCGAUUAUAUUAUGGGCGGCGCAGCUGCUUGGGAAAACGUAGACUCCACCGAUGCAGUAUGCCCCAAAUGUUCUCAUGGUAGAGCAUUCUUCAUGCAACUUCAAACUCGAUCCGCUGAUGAGCCAAUGACUACCUUCUAUCGUUGUUGUAACCAUAAAUGUGCUCACAACUGGCGUGACUAAUAUAAUUUUAUAUUUCUUAUUUUUAAAUUAAUUUAAUAAAAAACUAAACUGUUAAUAGUGUUGUGUACUUAAGUAUGAAUUUAU